AAACGUUCUGAAAGGAGAAAAAAAUAAGAAAAUUAUCGGAUAACAGAGGAAUUAAAAAAGGAGAAGAAAAAAAAACAAAAGAGAACGAAGAAAAGGAAGAAGAAGAAGAAGAAGAAGAAGAAGAAGAAGAAGAAGAAAGAAACUUGGAAUUUACAUACUUUGAAAAACGAACGAUAUCGUCAUUUAACGACAUUAUCAAUUCCAAAGUUCAACCGAUAAGAAAUAUUCCAAAGGAUUCACCUGGUCCCCAGUGUCCUCCAUUGAGGAACGAACCACUUCUUCUUCGAGUUCUUCUUAGACAUGAGUUUCAACAGUCAAGACGCCGCGACUCACGAAGGAAAUGUCUCGUACCAGUCGCAACGCGAACCGGUUGCGCGCUCUUAAAAUAGUUUCUCACGCGUAGGUAACUGGUACGAGCGAGCUCCUGUUCGCUGGAAAUACGCCGAUAGAUGUGGAAGAACACGAUGACGUGCCGGAGCGCGCUGAUCACCGCGUUUACCAUCGGAAUUCUUCUCCUGGCGACUAGAACGGAUUACUCGGAAGCCUGCAACGAAGCGAUCUGUGCAAGCGUCGUUAGUAAGUGCAUGCUCACUCAAAGUUGUAAAUGCGACCUCGUCACCUGUACUUGCUGCAAAGAGUGUUUCUCAUGUCUCAGCUAUCUCUACGACGAGUGUUGCUCUUGCGUUGAUCUCUGCCCAAAGCCGAACAUCACGGACAACCCGUUAAGCAAAAAAUCCCACGUGGAAGAUUUCAGCGAACCGGUACCUGGUCUCUUCCAAGCUCUCACGGCAGAACCGGAUCCGCACGAACGUUGGCUCACCUUUACCUAUCCAGUGGAUUUUGAUAUGUCCUUGUUCGCGCCGAAGCAAGAAAAGGAAAUCAAAUAUCACAUGCAAACCGCGGAGGAAGAGAUGCAUCCUUUGAAGCCAAACGUGAUGACGGUAAACUGUACUGUGGCGUUCAUGGCACAGUGUAACUCUUGGAACAAGUGUCGAGCUUCCUGUCAAAGUAUGGGUGCAACCAGCUAUAGGUGGUUCCACGAUGGCUGCUGCGAGUGUAUCGGUGACACGUGCAUUAAUUACGGGAUCAAUGAAUCCAGGUGUAUUCAUUGUCCAAUGGAUAAAGAGGAGGAUGACCUGAAGGAUCAAUACGAUGAUUUUGGUCAGGACGAGGAUGAAUUAACGGAGGAUGAAAUCGAUUAGAUGACGAAGGGAAAGUUGAAAAAGGUCGUACGAACUAAGCGAUAUUAUUCGCGUAAAGUGCAAUUUCACCAAAAUCCAUCAUUGUUUUCCCGGUGAUGAUCUAAUCGACGAUAGACAAAAUUUACAAGUUGAUCCGCAUCGGAGAGGAACUUUGUUGUUGUUGUUUAUUUUUUUUUUUUCUUUCUUUUCUUUCUUUUUUUUUUUUUUUUUUUUUUUUUUAACGGUGCAAUUAUAUCGGAAAGGGCUUGUAUUAUAUAAGGACGCUCGGAUAGAAUAUUUUUUCCUCUAGUGUGAUCUUCUCUUAUUUUAAGAAUUUUAAAUGGACUAUCGGUCUCUUUAGAAGGGACAAGAUUUUUUUGAAUGAAUAUUGAAUGAAUAUUUAAUGAAUAUUUAAGUCAACGCAACGUCCAGGAUACAAAGUUCGUUUUUAAUUGCGUCGAUAGAAUAGGUAACACGAGAGUGUGCCUGUUCGAUCAAGAAAUAUUUUAGAGGUCGAACGUUCGACUCGUCUCUGUACAUGACUGCAGCGGCAUAUCACAAAGAAUCACUUAAUUCGUUUGAAACGACCUCCUUCUCACGAAUAUCUAUUUAAUUUACCAAUUUAUCGAAUCGUAUGUUUUAUCUAUUAUACUGUGCCAUACGAAUAAAAUUGUAAAUAUGUCAAAUA